AGAGAUCCACCUGUCCGUAAAGUAACGGAGACGAAGUAUAAAGGGGGGUCCCGACGUCUCUAGGAAAGUGGCAAAUUCUGUAUCUUGCCAAGAGUACAUCGUCCCUUUUCUCUUCUCUUGACCCAUUCGCGAGCCUCCCCUCCUCUCACACUCCUCCCUCCCAUCAUGACCCUCCCACCCAAGGUGUAUACCUUUCUGUGCGGCUGCUUCGCAGCCCUCGGCUCCAUCACCUAUGGCUACGACUUGGGUGUCAUUGCCGGUGUCAUCGUUGCACCUGCCUUCUUGAACCGCAUGGACAACCCAUCGGCAGAUUACACUGGUUUCAUCGUCUCCUCUAUGCUUCUUGGAGCCCUCUGCGGUUCUGUUCCCGCUGCGUUGGUAGCCGACAAGUUCUCAAGACGGGCGGCCAUCCUUGCUUUUGCUAUUGUUUUCCUCCUGGGAGGAUCUCUGCAGACUGGUGCGAUGAACCGUGGUAUGAUGCUCGCCGGGCGCUUCUUUGCCGGACUCGGCAUAGGCGGACUGACCGUACUCGCUCCGUUAUAUCAAAGCGAGAUCGCUCACCCCUCCAUCCGUGGUCGGCUCACGACUCUGCAACAGUUCUUCUUGGGCAUCGGUGCUCUUCUGGCUUCCUUUGUUGUGUACGGCUGUACUCGAAAUUACCCAGGCACUGUCUUCGAGUGGCGCUUUCCCCUCGCGCUGCAGCUGUCGCCUGCCGUACCUCUUGCCGGUCUCAUCUUCCUUUUCCCCGAAUCACCACGAUGGCUCGUGGCUCAUGGAAGAGAAGAUGAUGCUCGCCGCUCUUUGGCCCGUCUGCAUGCCUCGGGCGAUGAGACCGACGUCUUUGUGGUCUCACAGCUGGCGGAGAUCAAGGUAGCGGUACAGGAAGAGCGACGGCAAACUGCGAAGUGGUCCCGCUUCGUGACCGACAAGCAGGCCUUCCGCAAGGUGAUGAUUGGUAUCAUCCUCCAGUUCAGCGUGCAAAUGACGGGUGUCUCAGCAAUCCAGUACUUUGCACCUGCUAUCUUCAAAGGAUUCGGGUUUGGAACGGAGCAGACACUGUUGCUGCAGUCGAUCAACUCCAUCAUCGCCAUUAUCGGCGAGAUCAGCUGCAUUGUCUUCGUUGAUAGACUUGGCAGACGCCUACCACUCAUCUGGUGUAAUAUGGCCGUUGGAUCCACCUUCAUCGUCGUCAUCAUCCUGCAGGCUUUGUUCCCACCCACAGACGCGGGUGUCUUCAACGUAGGUGCCGGAAGGACAUUCGUCGCCAUGACCUGGAUCUUCAACUUCUUCUUCAGCGCUGGUAUCGGCCCACUAUCUUUCGCCAUUCCUGUGGAGAUUCUCAGCACUGAUCUGCGAGCCAAAGGAUCAGCACUGGCAGCCAUGUCCUGCUGGAUUUCCAACUUCAUGAUUGGUCAAAUCACACCAAAGGCCCUCGCGACUUCUCAGUGGCGCUACUACCUCUUGUUUGCAAUCUGUGGCUUCACAAACGCACUGACCUUCUGGGCCAUCCUGCCCGAGACAAAGGGUCGCUCGCUAGAGGAGAUGGACAUGUACUUUGAAGAGACACCUUGGCUUGUGCUCGGCAAGACGGGAAAGAUCAAGCAGAAAGACGCCGAAGACCGAUUGCGACAGGGUAUCGUUGCUGGUGGGGCGGCAGGUGGUGCACAGGGACAAUGGGGCGACGAAGAGAGUGCAGGGGACCAUGCUGGCGAGAUCAAAAAGAGUGCUACCGGAGACGUCGGGGUCAACACCCUCGAUGCGUGAAAUGUUCUGCUAGCUGUUAUAUUCGUAUGACCGAAUCACGUUACAUUCUACGAAAGGGCCAGCAGUAGUACAUUGACUUUUCUAUCAUCAGUUGCACCCCGAGAAGAGAAAAGAAACCCCAAAGGACGAAAAGGAGAGAGAGAGAGAGAAGACGAGACAAGAUGAGAGGAAGAGAGGAAGCUAGUCCGAGGCCCUCUCCUUCCCCUUCCUCGACCCGCUUCCCUCAGCCUGCCCACUACCACCUCCGACGCCAGCCGUUGAUGACCCCUCGUCAAGCAGCCCCGCUGCUGACAAUGCCUUGUAGUUCUCUCCG